GGAGGGGCUAGCGGAGGGUGCGGUGGCCUCGUACUCCUGUGAGCGAGGCUUCGAGCUGCUGGGCCCGGCGCGGCGGCUGUGCGGUGCCGAUGGCAGGUGGACCCCCGAUGGAAUACCCUUUUGUGUUCUGAACGUAGCGGCCGGGAAGGCCCCUAUGCAGGUGUCAACGGACGAGGGCGGUGCCCCGCAGAAGGCUUUGGAUGGCAGCACUGCGGCCGCCUUCUCCGCGGACACCUGUACGCUCACCAAGCCGGAACGCAUGCCCUGGUGGUGUGAACAAGCCCGCUGUAGUGGUGGUCCGAGUUGGCAACAACCGGCCCGACCUCGGCACGAACCCGAUCUGCAACCGCUACACCGGCUUCCUGGAAGAGGGUCAACCCCUGUUCCUACCCUGCAACCCGCCCAUGCCAGGCGCCUUCGUCAGCGUGCACCUGGAGACCGCCGUGGCCGGCAACAGUCACGCCCGGCUCUCCAUUUGCGAGGCGUUCGUGUACACCGACCAGGCCCUGCCCGUGGAGCGAUGCCCACAGUUCCGUGACCAGCCGCCGGGCAGCACAGCCACCUACAACGGCAAAUGUUACAUCUUCUACGACCAGCAGCCGGCAGAUUUCCGCGAUGCACUCGCGUUCUGCCGCUCCCGGGGAGGCACCCUGCUGGACGAGAGCAACCCCGCGCUGCAGGGCUUCGUCAGCUGGGAGCUGUGGCGGCGGCACCGGAGCGACAGCAGCAGCCAGUACUGGCUGGGCGCGGUGCGGGACCCGCUGGAGCCCACCUCCUGGAAGUGGGUGAGCGGCGCUGACGUCACUGUCUCCUUCUGGAACGCGCCCGGAGGCAAGGAGGAGUGCGCGCGCUUCGACGGCAGCAAGGGCUGGCUGUGGGCCGACACAGACUGUUCGGCGAGCCUCAACUACAUCUGCCAGCACCAGCCCAAGACUUGCGGGCGCCCCGAGCAGCCGCCCAACUCCACGAUGAACGCGGACAGCUUCGCGGUGGGAGCCACGGUGCAGUACUCCUGCGACCCCGGCCACCUACUGGUGGGGCCCACGGCGAGGACCUGCCUGCCCACGGGCUUCUAUGACGAGUUCCCCCCGGUGUGUAAACACAUCGAGUGCGGGCUGCCGGCCGAGGUCGCUCACGGCGGUUUCGAGCUGCUGAACGGCUCCGUGUCGUACCUGUCUCAUGUGCAGUACUGGUGCGGCCCGGGCUACGAGAUGGCGGGCCGCGCGCGACUCGUGUGUGACAUCGACGAGCGCUGGAAUGGGCCGCCGCCGCGCUGCGAACCUAUACAAUGUGCCGAGCCUCCCACGGUUGCGAACGGGCACGUGACGGUCACAGCGAAUAACACGAGCGGACCGCGAGCAUUCGGCGCCCUAGUGGAGUACGCAUGCGCGCCCGGUUACCGACUGGUGGGUGCACGUGCACUAACGUGCCUCGCAUCAGCGCAGUGGGACCAGCCACCGCCGCACUGCCGCUUGGAAGAGCGUACAACAACAAGUACAUCAACAUCAACAACAACAACAAUAACGACGGUGGUGGUGAGCAGCACGAGCCCCGCACCAGUCGCCAGCACUCCGCGCCUGCUGCUGCCGACGAGGCGCCGCGUGCAGCGCCCGACCACCGGCGGCGCCGUGCCGGACACGACACGACGUCCGCCGCCCCCCACGGCCGCCACAGACCUCCCCCCCACCACCACGAGAGGAUACGCGCCGCCUCCCGUGAGGACCACGACACACGUGCCGCACAUCAUCGUGGCCAGUCACCCGAGAGAGAACGAGAUUUACGGAAAUGGUAACAACAUACGGGCAGAACAAACGCCGCGGGUGAACGUGCCGCAGCCGGUCGACGGCGAGCGCAGAGAACCGCUCGGGCCGCGGCUGAACAUCGGGGCAGUGGUGGCCCUCGGAGCAUUCGGGGCGCUUGUGUUCCUCAUCGCCAUAGUCACUACUGUCGUCAUCUUAGUCAAGAGCAGACAGCAGGCCGGGCGCGGCGGCCAGCGGUACACACACCACGUGUCCGGCGGCUGCCGUGGCGACACGGCGGCGUCGCUGGCGUCCGCGGCCUCGCUGGACUCCUCGUCCAGCGCCACCGAGUCCCGCAGCGGCCGCGGGCUGGCGCGCUACUACCGGCAGGCGUGGGAGGAGCUGCACGAGGCGGCGGCGGCGCAGCCGUGCAAAAUAGAAGAUAUAAACAAUCUCUAA